GGGGCGGCUGUCGCGGACCCCCAUGAGCUCGGGCACGGGCGGCUGUCUUGCUGGUCUGCCCACUCUCACCCCGCCGUCGGCUCGAUCGUUCCACACCCCCAGCCCGCCUGUUCAUCCCGCCUGCCCAUCUUCCCGACGCCUGGUGCCCUCUGAAGCUGCUCCUGUAUCCGAGCAUUUGCAAGUUUCAGCCUUCUCCAUCCCACACACACUCACUUCACUGGAACGCCAUGAACCCUGCUCUGGUCGGCCCUCGAGACAGCGGCUUCGAGUCGCACGGUCCUCUGAGCCCCGAGAGUCCGCCUGUCCGAUAUGUUGUGCCAGCAACCAUCGACAGCCUGAUUGAAUACAUCACGUCGCCCAACACCCAUGAUAUGGAGCUCACCAAGGUGAUUCUGAUGCUCUACCGCAAGUUCAUGAGUCCCUGUGAUCUUCUGGACAAGCUCGUGGACCGCUUCGACGUCGUCGACCUCAGCUACGACAGAGGAGUGGAGGAUCCAGCGUCGCCCAUCGACCCGGUUCAGCUGAGGGUUUGCAACAUCAUCAUCCACUGGUGCGAAACGUACUGGUGCGACUUUCGUCCGGCCAAGAUGCGGCUUACUCUGCACAUCUUCCUGAGCCGGUGCCGCGGCCGUCAAGAGUACACUGCGAUUGUCAAGAAGCUCGACGAUUUCCUGCGCAACGACGUGCAUUUCCACGAGAACGAGCCCGAUUGGGGCAUUGGCUACUGUGCUGAAGACGAGGACGAAGACCUGCCCGAUGACGCCUCCUCGAGCCUGAAUCGAGACAGUCUGGCCGAAAAGGUAGCGUCGCAUUCACAUCAUACUGCAGCACCAUCUCCCGACGAUGAGGACGCCCCCUCGACAGCUACUCCCCGCUCGAUCAAGCACCGUCUCAGCACGCUAUCCCUACUGCCGCUCCCUUCUCACAAGACCUAUGAUUUGUUGAAGAGGAUGACUUCGGGGAGCGCCGAUAGGUCAUCGGCGCACUCGGCUGUCUAUUCCGAAGAAGAAUACAACGCCCGGUGCAAAGCACUGCUGAAAAUCGAUGCCGACCAGAUCGCGCAGCAGCUCAACCUGAUUGACUUUGACUAUUUCCAAAAGAUUCAGCCCCGAGAUCUUGUCGAGCACAUCUGGAACAAAAAGAGCAACUCGCAAUACUCCAACUCGGUCGCUGCGAGUAUCGCUCACUUCAACUUUAUUGCAUCAUGGGCAAAGUCGCUUGUUUUGUCACAGAAGAAGCCCAAAGCCCGUGCUGUGAUUAUGCUGAAGCUGAUGCGGGUCGCUCUGUACCUGAGAAACUUCAACAACUUCAACUCGGCCAUGGCCCUCGUGGCUGCGCUUUCAAGCGGCCCCAUCCAGCGCCUCAGGCUGACGCAGCACUACUAUUACGAUCAGCCGACGCACCAGAACUUCCGCAAGCUCGAAAUGAUGUUCACGUCGGAGCGGUCAUUUGGCAUCUAUCGGGCCGUCUUUCGUAUGAGCCCGCUGCCGGCAAUACCGUAUCUCGGUGUGUUUCUACGCGAUCUUGUGUAUCUCGAGGAGUGCUACCGGGACUUUAAGGAAGACGGGACCCUCAACCUCGGCAAGUUUAUUGCCAUUGGCGACGUCAUUCUCAUGUUGAUGAGUAUCAAGGCAAGGCCCUACACCGAAAAGGUCAACCCCGAAAUCGUGAGCCUGAUCCUCGGAAAGGCCGUCCUCUCUGACGAGGAUUGUUAUACCAUAUCCCAGCAACUCGAGCCCCGGACCGAGUCCUGAUCCCCGAGCCCCCCAAGCUGCUGUUGGAGAGCCGGCACGAUGGGCCAUACUGUCCCUCGGGCUCUAAUAGCAAUAUCGUCAUGACGAUGCUGUGCACCCGAGCGACGUUUCACUUGGGUGCUCUGACAGGGCAGCACACCGAAUCCGUUCUCCCUCCCGCCGUGUGAUCUGCUGAAAAGUCAGUCAUAUGUAUCAGAAUAUAUUCUCAAUACCGUUUC